CCUGCUGUGACUUUAUAAUAAGUUUAUGAGGCUGCAUAUUAUAUACUUAUAAGUUUGUGGAGUACCUAGCCUACUAAAGAAACUGAGGAUCUAUUGUAUUCAUUCUAUUGUACUCAUUGACAUGGCACACUCAUAGAAUCAAUCGGAGUAAAAAUGUAUUUUACUUUCAGGGGCCAUAUGAUAUUGCUUUAGUCCAUUUUUCUCAAUGUGAUAAGAGAGGACCAGUUAGUAUUUUUGAGCCCAUGAAAGCAAGUAAACUAAAUAGAACACAUUUUGUCUACAGUGGUAUUCUUACUAUCGGAGUGGAUCUGGAUGACAAUGCAAGAUUCAAAAUAGUAGCAGCAAACAAAGGCACAAAUGGUCGUUACAAUAAUGUAAUGGAUGUAGAAGUGAAACCAUGUGAUUUAUUCAAUAAAUUUGCCAAAGAAAUUGCAAAAAGCGUAUAUGAACAUUGCAAUUUAACAUACAAAUGUCCACACAAGAAGCAUACUUGUGAGAUGAAGAAUUGGCUUGUUAACUUCAAUGUACAUGAUAUACCUGCUCUUCCAUAUGGCGAGUAUAGAAUUGAUGGGUCCCUACUCAAGAUUCAUCAAUAUAAGAGGAAAGAGCUGAUAUCAUGUGUCAGAUCCUAUGCACUUAUCACUCCAAAAAAACCAGUGAUUCAAAAAAAGGCAUCCCUGUUACAAGGUGUAAGCAAUGUAAUGACAUAGUGCAUGUUUGUGGUCUAACAUUAUUUUCAUUGCUCUAGAGAUAUAGAUUUGAGAGUAUAUAAUCUUUUAUUUUCAUAGUGUAUGUGUCUUCACCUAUUGAAAGCCUUAAAAUUUUCUCAAUUAUCAACAUAAAACUGCUCAAAAAAUUGUUAUUACGUUACUUGGUAUAUUUUGAAAAUAUAAAUUUUGGAACAUUCUACAGUGUCAAUAAAAAAUCGGCAGAUGAAUAUUAUUGGUCUGAGCCUGUUAUUCUCUCUUGUACCCUGUGUGAUUUGUGCAUUACUUAUUUAUAAAUAAAUGAAUGAAAAUAAUAUGGGCACUUUAUUCUAUCUUAACACCAUGCACUUGAAUGUGGGCAAAGUAUAGAUUGUAAAGGAUGUGUGUUAAGUAAUAAUCAUACUGAAUUAAUAGCUCACUACUUAUUUUCUAUUAGUUUCAUAUU